AUGGCCGAAAAGAAGAUGCGCCAAGAACUGGAAAAAGAUAAGGUCGAAGAAUUCAAAAAUGAUAAUAUUAAAGAGGUAUUUUCCAUAUUUAACAGCGAUGACGAUUGUUUAUCGGGUAACAAUUUAAGAAAAGUCAUGAAAAUGGGCGAUGUGGAUCUUAGCGAGAAGGAAAUUCGAGAUAUCAUCAAGGCGGUCGAUCCGUGCGGCAAAGGAAAUAUCAAUUAUGCCAAGUUGAUAUCCAUGUUAGCUACAAAAAUGAGAAAAUCAGAUGUUUUCAACGAUGCCGAUAACGUGAUAGUUGAAGCAUUCAAGGUUUUCGAUAAGGAUAACAAAGGCAUCGUUAAAGUAUCCGAUUUACUUCACUCUGUUUCGGGUCUGGAGCCGAAAUUCAAGAUGUAUAUGGAAGAAUUGGUACUGAAUGCCGAUCCUAAGAAAACGGGACAGUUUAACUAUCACGAAUUUAUCCAAAAAAUGCAAGGAAAAUGGAAGAAUUAUUUAAUUUAG